UAUUUGUUCAAAAAUUAUAUAGGUAAUAAUUAAUGUAUACAUUUUGAGCUUCUAGAAGAGAAAUAAGUUUCCAGUUGAUUUUGAGUUACAAGAACAAAAAAUGACGGAUUUAGGAUUGAGUAGUAACCAUGAAGAGGAAGUAAAAAAAUACUUGAAGUUUGCUCGUUACAAUAGAAAUCAGCAAGUGCGUUCUGUAGAAGGAUGUUUUGAAGACCUUAAAGUUGCAAGACUCCAUGAAGAUACUUUUACUGUGGAUGAAGUAUCAGAUAUGCUAGAUGGAUUACAGGCUGUAGUAAAAUCUUCAAUAGAGUCUGAGCUCCUAAAUGCUGCUCACACAAAUGUUCUUUUACUUGUUCAGUUGUUCACCCAAGCAGAAAAAUGGCAUCUUAAAUUACAAGCUGACAUAUCUGAGCUGGAAAAUCAAAAGUUGUUAAAAGAAAUUGCAGAUUUUGAAGAACAAGAUAGUUCUGGAAGAAAGUCUAAAAUCCAGAGUGCAAAUUUAAUACCACAGAAGACAAAGCUUGAACCACUAAAUGAAGGAGGGUCUGCUGCUCUUCUACAAAUGGAAAUUAAUCGUUUAAAAGAAGAAAAUGAGAUACUGAAAAACAAAGUAACAAGCUUGGAGAAAUCGACUUCUACUGGAUUGGAUGAGGCAUCAAAAUUGCGUGCAGAUUUACGUGAAGCUAAAUCUCAACAAGAAGCCAAAUAUAUUACAGCUCAAGAAACAACAACGAAUGAUGAGAUAAAUGUUUUGUCUAAAAAGAUUUCAUUGUUGAGUUCAAAUUUACAAGAGGCAGAAUCACUGUAUAAACAGAAGUAUUCAUCAAUGGAAGAGGAAUUGGCUAGUACUAAGCAUUAUACGCUUGCUUUACAACACGAGCUUGAAACUCUUCGCGAGGAAUUUGAUAAAAAAUUUGCUGAAACAACUCAGUUUAAAAACAUGAAGAAGAUGCUUGAAGGAAAGAAUGCUCAAAUUAAAGAGCUUAGAGCUAUUCUUAAAAGAUAUGAUCCUGAGAAUGACUAUUAGCUUUU